UGUGAGUUGUUUUGGAUGUGCUCACACCACGUGGAGAGGGAGGCACGAGGUAACUUUCCUGUGGUCAGUAGCUUCACAUCGUCCUCCACACUGUCCCCGAACACCUCCCCCGUUGUGGUGUUCUCGCUAGUCGACGCGGUGCAGUGCGAGAUGUCAGCGGCAGGUCAGAGCACCGGGAGCCGGGACAUCCCGGCCGUCAGACGGGUCACCAUCCACGAUUCUGCUCACAUGCCCCAGGACUACUCCACGACCCCCGGAGGGACUCUGUUCAGCACUACGCCAGGAGGUACCAGAAUCAUCUAUGACAGGAAGUUCCUCUUGCAGUGCCGGACGUCUCCUCUGACCCGUACGCCUCCCAAAAUGCCCGACAUCCCAGGAGUCACCUUGCCGCUCAAACCUGACUCAUCCAGCAACACAAACCAGCCUGAACAGACACCCAGCAAUAACACCGACCACAUCCUGCAUAAACAGGAGAGCGCAGAAGAUGCCCAGUUUGAAAUGGACAUCUGAAGAGAGUCAACUACGAAAGUGAUUCCCAACAUUGUCAUUGCUUUUUUUUUGGUUUACUGGGAUUAAAAUGUGUAAAUGAGUCUUACUAAACUGUGUAAUCCACUUUCAGAUUCGUUCUGAAAAACAGAUGGCAUUUUUUUGUAAUGCUUAAUAUGUGUUAAAAUGUUGUACUCUUAUAAAACUGAUACAUAAAAUUGUUUCUUUACUUUUACGUACGCUUGACUUUGUAUGACCUGCGACAUAUUUGACAUGUAAAUCAGUCUUGUGAAAAAUAAACCAUUAAUAUUUUA